AUGGCCUCCGUCGUGGUUCACAACUCGCUGAAGCCCGGCGGGCCAGUGCCCUUUGUGCCUAGGGAGGAGGGCAAGGUCUCUUGGUAUGCCUGUGGACCGACCGUCUACGACAUCGGCCACCUGGGACACGCGCGCAAUUAUGUCUCCACGGAUAUUAUUCGUCGCAUCAUGAUGCAUUACUUUGGAUACAACGUCAACUUUGUCAUGAACAUCACCGACAUUGAUGAUAAGAUCAUCAUCAAGGCCCGCAGAAAGCGACUAUUCGACCUCGAGAAAAAGAAACCCUACACCCCCCAAGAAAGCCACAAGCUCGGCCUCGAAGCGUUCCGUGUUUAUGCGACAGGAAACCUCCCCCUCCUACAACCCUCGGACGACCCCGUCGACGAGACAAACUAUCAGACUCGCAGGGAUGCGGCUUACGGACAAGUUCUGGCCGGCGGCACGUUGACCGGAGAGGGCAAGCCGGGCGAUGGGGAGGCCAAGCUCAAAAUGCACAUCAACAACAUGGAUGCUGCGGCGCAGGGACUCAAGGAGGGCAAGGUGUUUGAAGGCGCGGAGGAGAUCCUUCUGCCUUACCUUGACUCCCUAUACAAGGAGACCAUCGACAUCAACGACCAGACUAUCUUCACGGAUCUUACACAAUCGAUGGAGAAGGAAUUCACGGCAGACAUGGAUGCGCUGAACGUUCUUCGGCCGGAUACCUUGACGCGAGUCACCGAGUAUCUUCCGCAGAUCGUCUCUUUCGUCGAACGCCUAGUGCAAAAGGGCUACGCUUAUGAGUCGGACGGAUCCGUUUACUUCGACAUCACGUCUUUCGAGAAGAACGGCAACACUUACGCCCGACUGCGCCCGGAAAGUAAGAACGAUAAGGCCUUGCAGGAGGAAGGAGAGGGUUCUUUGUCCAAGACGCUGGGUGGUAAGAGGGGCGCCGGUGACUUUGCCCUGUGGAAGAAGUCGAAACCCGGCGAGCCCUACUGGCAGAGCCCGUGGAGCGAUGGUCGCCCGGGCUGGCACAUUGAGUGUUCCGUCAUGGCGUCCGAUAAGCUUGGCGAGCAGAUGGAUAUCCACUCCGGUGGUAUUGAUCUGGCUUUCCCUCACCACGAUAAUGAGCUGGCUCAGAGUGAGGCGUUCCACCGCAGCGGCGCCUGUGAACACACGUGGGUCAAGUACUUCCUGCAUAUUGGACAUUUGAGCGUUUCCGGCGCCAAGAUGAGCAAGUCGCUCAAGAAUUUCCAGUCGAUUCGCGCUGCCCUAGAGACGACGUACACGUCGCGUAGUAUGAGAAUCGUUUUCCUGCUGGGUCGCUGGAACGACGGUGUUGAGAUCUCGCCGGACAUGCGGAAGCAUGCGGACGGUUGGGAGGCUACUCUCGAUAACUUCUUCACGAACAUCAAGGCUCGUACGGCCGACGGGAUCGGAGCUCUGUCCUUGUCGGAUAAGACCGAUAACGAACUGACGGUCAAACUCGACCAGGCCAAGACGGACCUGGACGCCGCUUUCCGCAACUCCUUCGACACCCCCACCGCCAUGCAAAUUAUCUCGAGAAUUGUUCGGGAUGCUAACAUCUACAUGGGUGAAACUAAUGACUUGCGCACGGUGGAGACCGUCGGUCGGUGGGUAACCAAGAUCGUCGGCAUUCUCGGUCUCGAUGCUGGCGCACAGCCCCCAUACGAGGGUCUCGGCUGGUCGGCUGCCACCGCCAAUGCCAAUGCCGACCCCCAGACUGCCGUGCAACCUUUUGCCGCGGUGUUCAGCAACGUGUUUGGAGAAGUCAGAACCUUUGGCCUAUCUGAGCCUUCGGUCGAAGCUCUCCUGAACCAAUCCCCUGAAACCGAAUUUUCCGAAUUGGAGAAGAAUGGCGAGCGAAAUGCGGAAACCCUUGCCAUGCCUUACGUCCGCGCAGUGUCUCGCCUCCGUGACGAGCUCCGCCGCCUCCUUACAUCUGGCGCUCUCGAGCCGAAGACGAAGUCCGCCAUUAUCGCGCUUUCCGAUCGCAUCCGUGACUUCGACCUUACAGAUAUUGGUGUCCAGCUUGAUGACCAGGUUGACCGGCCCAGUCUGAUCAAGUUCGUCCCUGCCUCGAAACUCAUUGCGGCCCGUAACGAGCGAACUGCCUUGCUGGCCGAGAAGGCCAACCAGAAGGAGAAGGCCCGUAUUGCCCGUGAGAAAGCCGAAGCCGAGAAAUGGGAGAAGGCCAAACUUCCCGCCCAGGACCUGUUCAAAAACGACUCUAAGUACAAGGAGUGGGAUGCGGACGGACUCCCGACCAAGCUGGCGGAUGACAGCGAAGUCCCCAAGAGCCAGUCCAAGAAAUUGAAGAAGGAAUGGGACCGACAAAAGAAGCUGAACGACGAGUAUGCUGCCAAAUUUGGAACUGGAGCUUAG